UUUUGUUCACUUUUCCCUUUUGAAAAGCUCUAAUUCCUUUCAUCACAGGAAGGCAUAUAAUGGCAUGAUGAGGUGUCUGAUUUCAUCAGCAGUCAUAAGUGUGUUUGGGAUGAGCAUUUAAUGGGAUAACGAGAGGAAGAGAACAGACUGAAACCUCAUCCACCCAUUUCCCAGGAGCCAAUAAACACCCAAAAAUAGCGUUGAGGGUUUUCAGCUUUCUUGCUCUGAGUCAAGACUGGAUGUAAUGUAGGGUAUUCAGCACUCAGCAGUGUCGGAUCAACAAAUACGGUAGACCACCACUUAUGGUGAACUUCUGAAGAUUUAACCGAAUAUACAUCUCGCAUGGCAAGUCAAGGAGUAUCAAGACCAAAGGUGGUCUCGUCAGGCAGGCUGACGGGCUCUGGACGGGGACAAAUACACAAAAAACGUGUUGCUGGGAGAUGUGUUGCUCCUCUGGAACCAGCGUAUUCUCUUUAUUCUACAGACUCUGAAGAUCAGGUGACAACAAUACACAAGGGACUGGACCGAUGUGCUGCUUUACUCAAUGGAAUACUUCAAGCCGAACAUGCAGAAUCAAAGCCCAAACCACAGGGAACAAAAACCUACACCUUCAAAUCCAAACCCAAGAAUUUAUCAAGAAAAAUCGAGAUUGACAAGAAAAAGCAUGGGAAGAAGACAAACACGGCAAUACAUGUGAAAAAAAGGGCAGCUGCAGUGCAGAAGACGAUUCCAUCUGCCAGCUGUCACCUGAGUUCAGCAGGGCAGCCAUGUUGUCGUGGUGAUCAGCACUCUGGGGUCAGACGGGUGCAAGGAUCACAAGAUCAACCUUCAGCACUGACCCAUGUAACGCAAGCAGAAGAUGCCCAGCACAACUCAGUUCCACUGGCCUACUCUCAGCCUGCUGCUAGCUGUAAUCUGCCGACUUCUGCUCAGGUUCAGACAUCCACUGUAUUUAACAGCCGGCUGACUACAUCUACUCCUGCGUUGAGCCCUCAGAGACCUGGAUCAGCUCACAGUGAACCUUGUACUUCAAAGUGUGUGCUGAGCAGUGGUGGCUCAUCUGGGGAGUUUCAUCAGUUGAGGGCCAUGAGUGCUGCCAUCCCCUCCUGCCCUCAUGGUUCUGUAGAAAUGUCUGCCACUCCAACUCAGUAUGCGGCUUCUUUCUCCAUCCCACCUGCAGUCCAACGACAGUCUCCAGUUACUGUAUCUCCUGUCCAAAAUGGAUCCUGUGCUCCAGUAGGGCACGGGCUACCUCAGGUUGAAUUGACAUUGUCCACUGGGUCCUUGACCUGUUCCUCAGCAACACAGAUGCCCAAGCAGCUCCAGGUCAGCCUGACUCAGUCUGAUCCAAAUGGACCAGAACAGGAGAUCUGCUCUGAGGAGAGUGUGGAGAAGGGAAGUUCUAGUGCAGAGGAUGAAGAUGAAAAUGAUGGGAUGGAUAAGACACCUGUCAGAGACAUCAGCUGUCAGACCAGCUAUGAGAAAUUAACAGUUCACAAAGUCAAACCCACCAGUCCAGAGAAAACUGCACAGAAAGUGAUGACUGUUAAAUAUCUGCUGGGAGAGCUGAAGACUUUAGUGGCUAAUCAGGACAGUGAUGCUGUGCGCCUGAUCUCUGAGGUGGAGCAGAGUAUCUCAAUACUUCCUGUCAUGGUGGGCAGCACCAACAUCCAGGCUGAGAUUGCGCUCGCUUUACAGCCACUCAGGAGUGAGAAUGUACAGCUGCGAAGGCGUUUGCGAAUACUCAAUCAGCAGUUAUUGGAGAGAGAGAGAGCAGAACGGCGAGGCAGACCAGAGGCUUGCGACAUGGAGGUGGUUGCAUUGCAGUCUCUGAACUUCACUCUACAAACUCAGUUAAAUGAGAGCCGAAGAGAGCUUGAUGAUCUGCAACAGGAGAACAUGAGACUGCGGAAAGCCAUGGAGGAUAAAGAUGGUGACCUGAAGCAGCACAAAGAGUUGUGUGAGUUCGAGAACAGUCGGCUAAGGCUGGAGAUGAAUGAAGCAUUAGCUGAAAUGCAGAGCUACCAGAGUAAACUCAAAGAGUAUGAGAUUGAGAAAACUGUACUGACUCUGAGUCUCCAGCAGAGAGAGGCAGAGAUCAGCAGACUGCAGGAAGUCAUCAGAAAUCUGGAGAGAAAUCAAACAAAAGACACUAGCAAAUAUUCUCCUCAGCUGGACUUGUGUCAACCAAACUCUCAGCUUACUAAGAGUGUUCUGGAAUUGCAUGAAAAUGCACAGAGGGAGUCGACUGUGUCAGAUAAACUUUCAAACUCUGUAAAGUCCUACCUUCAGACCCUGGAGGGCAUCGGACAGGCCUCUCCUCCACACAAAGUUCACUGUAAGUCCCAGACAUUACAACCAGUCCCCCCUGGUCAGAUUAAUGGUGGAAAAGACAACUUUAUGCCAUCAGAUGCUAAAGUCUGCUCACCAACAGAAAGGGAUAUACACAAACCAACCCUGGAAACCAUAGCUGAGAACAUUCCUCAGUUAGAAGAGCUGAAAAGAACAAUGUUUGCUUCUUUAAGGGAGACUCCAGUGGUGCAACUUGCCUCAGGAGUUGCUCAUAGUAAACCGCUAACUCAGUGUAAUGAGCCGAUAACAGCCAAGAAUCAAAGAGAAUAUGUGGAUGCGCAUGUAGGGCUGAAAUAUAUGGGCCGUGCUUUUGAAAAGCUGGACAUCUCAGAUGGGCUCCACAUUCAGGACGCAAAGAAUGAUGGCAGAGAUUUCCUUUCAGAUCAUCAUGGUGUGGCCUUACAGAUAAAUCAGAAAAAUAAGGGCCUGAACAAUCAGUCGGUGCAAUCUCAGCAUGCCCAAAGGAUGGGUGUGCAGUCAACUUACUUUGGACGCCCUUCAGUGAUAGAGAACACCUUUUCCUCUUGUGAUAUUAAAUCUUUAGCCUCUGAUUGGAGCAUAAACUCCUGGUCCACGUUUAACACACAAGAUGAGCAAAAUUUCAGAGAUGGGCUUGCAGCACUAGACGCCAGCAUAGAAAGUCUGCAGAAGACCCUGAAAGUUGAUCUAAACAAAUAAUUUAGUAUUUCACUGUGUGCUGUGUAUUGUUUUUAAUUUGAUUACAUGUAAUUAAUGGAUAUUUUACAUGUCUCUAUUUUUAUUAAAUUAUUAUGUGUAACAAAUGAA